GGGCAAUUCUGAAAACCUGUUAGCAUGGCAAAAGUGAGAUUUGGUUGCUCAGUUCUUACCUAUCAGCUUUUUCUUCUUUCGAGUUUGACAUUACUGAAUAAUACUGUUGCAUCCGGAGAAGAAGCAAAGAAUUUUUAUAUUGUUUACUUGAGAGAGAGUCGAGUGAGCAAAGGAUCUGCAGUUCAAAAAUACAUGCACCUUCUCUCCUCUGUCAAGGGAAGUGAACAUGCUGCCAAAGAGUCCAUGGUUUACGGUUACACAAAAAGCUUCAAUGCUUUUGCUGCCAAGCUAUCCAAAGAUGAAGCUGAAAAGUUAAUGGAAAUGGAUGAAGUGAUUUCUGUGUUUCUGAAUCGGUAUCACAAGCUACACACAACAAAAUCAUGGGACUUCAUUGGACUUCCUUUGACAGCUAGAAGAAAUUUGAAGUUGGAGAGAAACAUAGUUGUGGGUUUACUUGAUACAGGGAUCACUCCUCAGUCAAAGAGCUUUAAGGAUGACGGAUUCGGCCCACCACCCUCCAAAUGGAAAGGAACAUGCGGCCAUUUUGCAAAUUUCUCAGGAUGCAACAACAAGAUUAUAGGAGCUAAAUACUUCAAGCUUGAUGGCAAUCCCGAUCCAGCUGACAUUUUAUCACCGAUAGACGUGGAUGGCCAUGGCACCCACACCUCAUCAACUUUAGCAGGCAACCUAGUCCUAAAUGCAAGUCUAUAUGGGCUAGCCAAAGGCACAGCUCGUGGUGCAGUGCCAUCAGCUAGGAUAGCCAUGUACAAAGUGUGCUGGGUCAGCUCAGGAUGUUCAGAUAUGGACAUUCUUGCUGCAAUGGAAGAUGCUACCAGUGAUGGUGUGGAUGUUAUAUCAAUAUCUAUUGGUGGGCCAAUUCAGAAUUACGUGACAGAUUCCAUAUCAGUUGGUGCGUUUCACGCUAUGAAGAAGGGAAUUAUUACUGUGGCUUCUGCUGGGAAUGAUGGUCCCAGCUUGGGUUCAUUGUCCAACCACUCCCCAUGGCUUGUUACUGUGGCAGCCAGUGGGAUUGACAGACAGUUUAGGAGUACAGUCAAGUUGGGUAAUGGAAAAAGUUUCUCGGGAAUUGGAAUUAACACAUUUGAGCCAAAGGAAAAACUUUACCCCAUUGUCAGCGGAGGUGAUGUUGCCAAGAACUCAGAAAGCAAGGAAUUUGCAAGGUUCUGUUUUGAGAACACAUUGGAUCCUGGCAAGGUCAAGGGAAGGCUUGUCUACUGCACGCUAGGACAAUGGGGUGCUGAUUCUGUCGUCAAAGGAAUUGGAGGAAUAGGGACUCUUGUUGAAAGUGAGCAAGACCUUGACACUGCUCAAAUUUUUAUGGCACCAGCAACCGUGGUGAAUGCAAAUGAUGGAGAAACUAUAGAAAAUUAUAUACAUUCCACAAGAUCACCUUCAGCAGUGAUAUACCGGUCCCACGAAGUUAAUGUUUCUGCUCCAUUUGUUGCUUCAUUUUCAUCUCGGGGUCCAAAUCCAGGCUCACGGCAUCUUCUUAAGCCUGAUAUUAUAGCCCCUGGAGUUGAAAUCUUGGCUGCUUACACUCCUAUGAAUUCACUCACUGGGCUAAAAGGUGACAACCAACAUUCAGAUUUCAUUUUCAUGUCUGGUACUUCCAUGGCCACUCCACAUGUUGCUGGUGUAGCAGCCUAUGUAAAAUCAUUUCACCCUACUUGGACAGCCGCUGCGAUCAAAUCUGCAAUCAUGACCACAGCAAAACCAAUGAGCCGGAGGGUGAAUAAGGAUGCUGAAUUUGCCUAUGGUGCUGGUCAAUUGAAUCCUACCAGAGCCGUAAACCCUGGCCUAGUCUAUGACAUGGACGAGAUGUCUUAUGUACAGUUCCUAUGCCAUGAAGGCUACACUGGAUCAUCUAUAGCACAUUUAGUUGGUACAAAAUCCAUAAAUUGCUCCUCGUUGCUUCAUGGAUUUAGCUAUGAUGCUCUUAACUACCCAUCAAUGCAGCUUAAGAUGGAAAAUGGCAAACCGCAAACCACCUGUGUUUUCUGGAGAACAGUCACCAAUGUAGGUCCUCCAUCUGUAUACAAUGCUACCAUUAAGGCUCCCGAAGGAGUGGAAAUCGCAGUUAAGCCCACUCGUCUCUUCUUCACUCGUCUCUUGCAGAAGCGGAGUUUUAAGGUUGUGGUGAAGGCAAAGCCCGUGGAAAGCACCUCAUUUUCAGUGCGUUCAGCUUCACUUGAAUGGAAAAGCACUGGCUACUCUGUGAGAAGUCCUGUUGUUAUUUACAGUCUCCAAGACUAAUUAUAGCAGUAAUCCCAUAUAUGAAUAUCUGAACGAAUGAGGGCAACUCUAAAAACAGUUAAUAAAAAGAAAGGCAAUCUGAUUUAUUAUAACAAUUUUUAUUA